UCGUCCAACGAUGAGUGUUCCUGGCCAUUCGCUUGGGAAAUUGGGAAAGUGAUUCUGUGUCGUUUUAAAUUGGAGUCGGACUAACCUAGUCCAGGCUCCGUAUCUUAAGCAAAGGGUAAGCUAAGACUUACCCAUAACUCGUCCUUGACCAUCAUUGAAUCUUCAAAUGCUUAAGUUUGCUAUAUAGGUAAGAGAAUGGCGGGCCAACCAGCGCCAAGAAUUCGGUUGAGCAGAGCGAGCACCAGCGUAUCUGGAGAUGAUCAUCAAGCUUAUCAUGACAGAUCUGAAGUCACAGCCACUGAAGAGGAGCUUUGGUCAGCUAUGACACCCGAGCACCUUAUGAUGGUGAGACGUCACUUCAUUCAGCCCAGAGGAUGGCCAGGGAGAGCUUCUCUCUCAGUCAGUGGCGAGGAUGAAGAAGAGACAAGACUCCUAACUCGUCCCCAGUUUAUCGAUGCCAUAACAUCAUUGCUAGACACAGAGCGUUUUGAAGGAGCUUGUGGAUUAAUAUUCGAUGCUAUUGUUGCUACCACGGCAGCCUCUGCCUCUGUUGUGACGACUUCUUCCAGUGGCCCUCCAGGAACCCAUAUCAGCAGCAGCAGCAGUAAUAUGAGCAGUAGUAGCAGCAGUUAUGGGGGCAGCACCAGUACUGUGGGGAUAAGCUGGGGCGGUCUCAUAACUUACUUAGCCAAUGGCGUUGGAGCAAGAGGAAGAGAUGUUUCACAGGAAAAGCUGUUUACUCCAACACCCAAAUAUAUUCUCCUUACACAUAACAAGAGAGAACCUGUAGCAGGCGUGACAGUAUGUGGUCGCAGAAAGCUGCUAAUAGCCGGAGCCAGAGGUACCAUCACUAAGACGAUGCAAAGAAUCCGCCAGCAAUCUCAGCAGCAGUGCGGAAGAAUCCAUUUGGAUUCAACACCUGAUGAGGAACUCAAAGGCAUGGCCACCACUGCACGCAAGACGAGCCUUGGGACGUGGAUAGUAGAGGUUGCCAUGGUGGGAGAGGAGAUGGCCGUCAUGGCAGCCUCUUCAUCGACGCUGCAUUUCGUGGACACCUCUAGCGCUGUUCCGAGUGAAAUCCUUCGACUCACGCAUCUUCCCAAUCUUCCAAGUUGUAUAGCUGCUGGGUGCGAGAAUGAAGAUCGGUGGAUCAUCAUUGGUGACGACGCAGGCGACGCCUAUCUCAUAAGGUUCUCUGUGCCUGUUAACUCCCUUUUGACUCGCUCACGAAGUGAAGGACUCACUGUUCUGACCUGGCAGGAAAUGUGCGCUGGCUACCAAGAAAUAAAUGGCAGAAUGAAGGAGAUCUGUGUUGGCGUAAGGGUUGUUGGUGUUCCAAGCCUUCAUAAUGGAAGUAUAAGGCAAAUAACGUACCAUCCAGCGUCGUCAUCAUUAGUCUCCUGCAGCAGUGACCCUAAGUCAAGUUUGGUGAUCCGAGCUCCUGACCAUAACACCAAGACCUACACUUUCGUCAUUCCAAAGGGAGUGAGAUCAUUUGCCGCUGAGUGGCAACUGCACAUUGUUGUCACAGGCAGCAGUGACGGUCGUCUGCGUGUCUGGAACCCGUACUUGCCGGCAGCACCGCUUUCUGUACUUCCUCCUUCCCCAAGUCGUGCACCUCCGGCUGCUGUUCUAAUUUGGUCGCCAAAAAGGAUCAUCAUCACAUGUGAUGCGGAUUCGGUUCUGCGAUUCUAUGGUUUGGAAAGUGGACGAUGCUUACAAACAGUGAAAUUAAAGUUUCCCGGGGGUUCUACUGGUCUAGCUCUACGCCCUUUGACGCUCCUCCCCUCUGGCCGUCUCAUCAUUGCCUGCAGGGACUACUUAGCAACAAUCAACCCUGUCCCAACAGCCCAGUCAUCCUCACAACAAACCCAGGCUCCAGAUCUUACUCCUCGUCACAGCGACUUACUUUCAGAUGGCGAGAGUGAUAUUGGUGAAUGCAAGACUCCGAGUCUAAUUAGUGCAGGUGACGAGGAAGAAGAGGAGGAAGAUGAAGAAGCAGCAGAUAAAGAAGAAAAGUUGCUUAAAGACUCCACACUUCUAUCGGCACACGAAAAACGAGAGCGCAUGCGCAUGCGACGUCUAGUACGGCAAGGGGCUACUUUUUGUUGCUUGAAGCUCUGUGAUGUGUCUCUUCCCAAUAUACCUCCUGACUUACCUCUGCCACCCCGGCUGGCCAACCUAGGACUGACAUCAUCUGAUCCAAUAGCACUGCUAGCACACUUGCCUAUUUCAGCAGUGGCAAACUCGACUUCUAUGCAGACACCUAGGUCAGCACCUGGCUCAGAAAGGUCCCCAUCAGCACGUCUUACAUCUGCCAGAUCGAGAAGUCUUGCUGGGAGACCUUCAUCAGCCCAAAGGAGUGCCUCUCCUAGAUCACCUAGGACGACAGCUCUUCCAGACAAUCAGUCUGAUGUAUUUGGCAGCCGCAAACACUUGAGCCCUGGAUGGCGGCCCCAGCAGUCUACGAUAAAAUAAUAUAUGCUCCAUACAAUUUACUCUCAUCUCUUCAUAAUACAUUACUAACUGACGCCGUCAUCAUUUUAAAAUCUCAUUGACAAAGACAUAUAUUGUAAUGAUUAUAUACUGCAAAUACACAAAAAUGACUUCUGAAAACUAAUUCUCUUUGAAGAAUUCAAUGAAGCAAAAUAUGGAUUAAUUUUGACUAUCUGUAUAUUGUGAAUAACAUACUUUUAACCCUGCUGCAAAGACAUUUGAAGAAAUUCUGUUUAUGCAAAUAAGGAACAGUAUCUUGAAGAUUUUUAAUGUACCUUAUAACAACUAUCCUGAAAAUUUAUUUUUAUUUAGUGAUACAGUGUGUUGUAAAUUAAUUUUGUACAUAUCUAUUUUCUAACUUCAAUAAAGUCACUGCUAAGA